CACUGCAUGGCGGCGCGGAGGUGAGGAAAGUGAAGGAGGAUUUGGUUCAGGGUACAGCCGGCGCCUGCUUCCUCCCGUCGGCUGCUGCGGGGAGGGCCGAGAAGACGGGUGUGUGUACCUUUAAGAGAAAAGGAAAGCAGGAAGUCGCUGUGGGGCAGCCAGAGGAGCCGCAAACUGACUGGGUCGCCUGCGUGGAGCUUGCAUGGGGUCUCGCUGACCAAGCCUGCCAGUCCCUCGGGGGGAAGUUGAGCUGUGAUCUCUCGAGAGAACCGACUGUCCAAUUUCAGGUGGUUUCCUAUCCCACCUCAGACUUCCUUCAACUACUUGCAUUCAGAGACUCUCCUGGAAAAGGGAUCUGAAGACUUGGAUUUCCCAACAUCAUUUUGCAUAAGUGAGAGGAGAAAUUGCUCAGUUGAUGGAAAACCUGACCCAGCUUGUUUUUUGCCUGCUGGUGACAUUUGCUGCCUGCUUCCAUCUACUUUGCAGCUCGUAAGCAGACCACUGCCUUUCUGGCCAUGCAAAGCACGCUGAACUACCUCUGGAAAACGGAUGAUGUGCUGGGUCAAGGUGCCACAGCCAGUGUGUACAAAGCCCGUAACAAGAAAUCAGGAGAACUGGUUGCUGUGAAAGUCUUCAACAAUGCCAGUUACAUGAGACCUCAGGAGGUGCAGAUAAGGGAGUUUGAGGUGCUGAGGAAGUUAAACCACCAGAACAUUGUCAAGCUUUUUGCCGUGGAAGAGAUUGAAAGCUGCAAACAGAAGGUGUUGGUGAUGGAGUACUGUUCAGGCGGGAGCCUGCUGAGCCUCUUAGAAGACCCAGAAAAUGCCUUUGGCUUGUCAGAAUCAGAGUUCCUCAUAGUGUUGCACUGUGUAGAGUUUCCUGUGAUGCAGUGGGUGGUGAACGACACCUCUCUUCCCCACUCCCACCAUGCCAUUUUGAAAACUUUUUGCAACAAUUCUUCUUUGUAUUUAUGGAAAUUUCUUGGGUACGAGACUAUUGCUGGGGUUGGCGAGGUUCCAGAGAUUAAAGGCCUGGCAGAACUGAAAACAAGACUUCAAGCUGUUGAAGAAAUUUCUAAAUGUUUCCAGAGCAUCUCUGAUCACCAGUCGGUUGUGCAAUGCAUUCUGUCUGAUGUGGGAAAGAAAAGGAGUCAAAUAAAAGAAGUCAGAAGCAUCCAGCAGAUGGAGGCUUGCCUUGACAAGAUGCAGCUUAUCUACAACCAGUUCAAGAAGACCCGGAAAUGCAGGAGCCUGGGCUACAAUGAACAGCAGAUCCACAAGCUGGAUAAGGUGAAUUUAGGACAUUUAGCAAAAAAGGUUCUUUCAGUUUUCCAGGACAACUGUUUGCAGCAAUACAAAGCUGCUCUUUUGGCACAUGGAAUUAUAAUGAGGAAGGUGUUUGACCUGAAGAAGAGUUUGAAGAAGCUGAACAGAUCUUUAACCUCCUGCAGUGCAGAGAUGUCUGGGUGCCAGGAUUGCCUUGAUAAAGCUUUGGAUGAGUUGCCUCAGAGAAUCCUCCAAGGCAAAACAACACAUUCUGCACCUACACAAGUUUACAUGAACCAGAAGCACCAAGACAUGGUGUUUGGGAUGCAAGAGCUUCAGGACCAGAUGAAAAUAGUAGCUCACAAUCUCCAGCUCAACAAUAGCAUCAUCCAGCGGUUAAAUGGUGUUGCACCAGGACUGUAGGGAUGAGAGUAGGCUGCAGAGCCUGAAAUUAUAAUGCGGGUAAAUCCACAUCGUUGAAGACUUAUUGGGGAGAAAACUUCAUUGUUAAGUCUUAAAGAUGCCUAUGCAUUCUACCUCCCUGCUGUAGCACUUUGAUGUGGAUUUAAGAGAGUGGUCUGUCUAACCAGCAUACCUCAAUAGAGAACCAAAUGUGUUUGAUGUGUUUGUUACGUUUUGAGAGAGAGAAAUAUUUUUUCUCCUACCCAAAUUUUAUUGUUUGCUUACUCUUUUCAAUCUUCAGUAAUGGAACUGGAGGUUCUUUUCCUUGGUUCAGUGAGAUCUGGCAUUUUGAAGCUUGUCAUGCACUUUUAACAGGCACUAGAGCCUCACUGAACCAAACCUGGCUAGCCAGUUGCCUUGAAAUGUUCGUUGUUAAGUACUAGAAAUACUUAACUUGGAAGCAAAGAAACUAUACCUCACCGUACUGUUCCUUGGUUGACCUUUGUUCAUUGAUGAGCCCUUUCUGGUAGUCUAAUGUAAAAAGGUCCUAGGUUUGAGGAACCAAAGCUGUGUCCCCCAGGCUUCAAGCAGUGACUCAGAAACUACAAAAAAGAGUCUGGAGAGUGGGCAUUAUCAACCUACAGUAGUGCUGUCUGCAAACAAGCCAGGUGUAGAUGCCAGUACAGAGACCAAAGUAGGAUGUGGCAUGUGAGAAGCUGGAAUCCCCCAGGAACUAAUAAACUCUUCACUGAAGCCCUCACAGUUUCCUGCCUUUCUUGACAACUAUGGCAAUGAACCCAUCUGGAUGGUGGUAAGAGUUGAGACGUUAGACAGGGUUGUUUUAAGAGUUCCACUCACCAAUGGAGACACACGGGCUCUGUUUGACUUGAUGGAACAUGAUGGAGAAAGUUGUCCACUUUCGGAGAGCUGUCCUUGGUGCUACAGAGCUUGCUUGGUUUGGCCAUGUCUCUCUUUCUCUCUCCUUGGCUUUUUGAUUGUCUGUUGGAACCUGGCCUUCUGUAGGAAGACUUACCGGGGAGAAGUCUUGUGUAGAAAGUCUUGCUCCUUGCCUGUAACUGCCAGUCAGGUGAGACCCACACCCCAUCCCAUUGGUUUCCACUUGUCAGGGCUGCUUAGUCUGAGAAAACAGAACUAAUUUAUCUUCUUUUGAUCUGUUGGUUAGAGUGGUUCAAGGGGCAUAAUACAGACUUGGUUGCUCACGGUGCACAUACCAUUUUUAAUAACAAAAAAAAACUUACUUUGAUGAGAAAAUAUUUGUAGAAGGUUUAGGAUGUAGAUUGUAUUUUUGUUUUAAGCAUAUUGAUAGUUUUUUCUUGGGAUCUAUGAGAUAUAAGGAGCUGUUGCAUUGUUUAAGCGAUGUGGUCACGUUUUUAAACAUUUUAGGCAUACACAUAAAAAGUAAUGUAUGGUGUGUUCCUGUGUGUCCCAGUGCAAUUGUAUUGCAUCUCCUGAGAUGAACAACAGAGAUGUUGCCCACUAAAUAGAAAAUGCCCGGGAUAUAUUUCAGGCUCCCUUUUGGAAACAAGCCAAAAUUGAUUAGGAUAAAUGGAUGAGAGAGGCAGGUGUCUUGUUGCUGCGUGUAUGUUUAAUUAUAAAUGUUUUGCUUUCACCCCAAAGCAGAGCAGGCAAGCAACACACUUCCAGGUUUCUGGUUUGAUUUAUCUUAAGCUUCCAGGCCUGGUGUGUGUAUUAACUUUUUCAUCCCAAAAGGCUGUGAGCUAAGUAAAGAGUCUUCUGCUUUCCUUUGAUUAAAACAGCAACAACGAAACAGCUGAGCAGAUAAGUUAAUGUCAGCACAGAGAAGCUAAGGCUGAAGUAGAAUUGUUUGGUUGUGAUCCAGGAGAUUCCCCCUUAGAGAUGGACAACAAGGGCUGGUGCCCUUCCUCCCCUGCACUCCCAGCAGCAGCUGCUCCUCAACCUGCCUCAGAAGCUGCUUUUGAUGUACAGUCACAUCUAGUUCAGCAUUUUCUACCCUGACUGGCACUGGAUCCCCAGGUUUUCAGACAGUCCCACCUGGAGAUGCAGGGGACUGAACCUCAAAAUUUGCUCAUGCAAAGCACAUGCUCUGCCACUGAGCUGUGGCCCUCCCCCUCAGUUUCUGGCUCUAUUAAACCACACAUACUGAACCACAUGGGAGCUGCUGCUCUAUUAUUCUCCCCUGCAGAGAUGCAGUAUAUAGGUCACCUGCAUAUUCCUGCACUGCAGGUCGUCAGACUAGAUGACCCUCAGAGUCCCUGCUUACUCUACAGUUCUAUGAAAUACUGCAGCCACAUGGGCAGAGCCAAACACCCGGUCCCCUCCCAUCCAGUGAAAGGGGACUCAGAUAUGGUAUACGGCACCAUACCGUUAGGGGAGUGAGGGCAGCAGGAAGGCUUGUGCUAUGCAGCCCUGUGGAUCACGUUAGCAAUUUUGCCCUUGCAAAUUAAAGAUGGAAACUGGUGGGUUUCGUAGACCAGUUGAAAUGAAUGAACCCGAGUUAGUCAUGCCCCUUGACUUCAGCGGCUCUGCUCUGAAUAGGACUAGCAUUGGCCACAACACAAUAUAUCUGUGUAAGUUGAAUAUUUGAAGUUGACCUUUUAAAGAAAGGGGGAAAACCCCAGUGCGGUCUAAUGGAUGUGUAAGCCAUUCAAGAAUGAUAAUGAAGAAGACAGAUUUUAUUUAUGCUGCAGCAAAGUGGUAUGCAGGAGUGGUGAACCUUUUGGGAAAGCCAUAUUCCUAAGCACCAAGCUUCUUGUUGCAGGACUAAUUGCAGCUUGGUUUCCUGAUUAUUCCUCCCUUUAAAAAAACAAACAAACCCAGAAUAAGCUACCUGAAGAUGGGUGGGUUGGGUGUGGGAAGAUGGGUGGCAGGGUGAAGUGUUAAGCAUUUCAUUCCUCCCCCCCAACCCCCCCCCUCUUCCAUUCAGUGCUUCCUGAAAUCAGCUUUUCCUCUUUAAAAGGACAGUGGAGUACCUUGGCGUGCAUUUGAGAAUGACAUCUUUUGGCCUGAUACUCUCUGUUUUCUCAGAGGUGUGCUGUGGGGGUAAGUGAAAUUGAGAUGAUGGGAGCCAAGCCCGAGUAUUUAGUAGCUGAUGGGUAUUGCUGAAAACAGCAUUUUAGCUCAGUGGUGAGGCAUGUUGGCUGCAAGGAUUUGUCGUGCUCUGCACCUUUUUACCAUUUUUUAACCUUGGGCUUUACAAGCCCCCGGGUAAUCCUCAGAGGCUGCCUGCUGACUCAGCUGUGUGCCAGCAGCCGCAAUGUGUCAAGCAGUGAUAUAGGAAGCCCAGGGGUCUCUGGGGAGCAAAGCAUUAAGAUGAUAUCAGGAAGCUAUUUGCCAUUGGAGAAGCAGAUGCAGUAUCCCUGCCUUGCACCCUAUCCAGCCUGCUUAGUAAGUGAUUUAUGGGCCCAAACCCCAAUGGACGGGAGCAGACAUAAUGCAAGGUCUCCACGCUGCAGAUGGAGCAAACCAUUUCAAUGAUAAAUGCAGCGUGCAGAAAAAUUGAACGGCUGCGCCGAACAUGACAACACCUCCUCCCCUUUCUGAAAGCAAAUAUUUUAGAAUUGGGGAAGUGGAUGGUUUAGAAAGGAAAGGCAUUCCCUUGGCUGCCCUUUCUCCCACCCCUUAGAGAUAAAUCACUGUCCAUGGGCUGUUAAUUUCCCUUCUGUGCUAAUAAUGCUACCUCUGCCGAGUGACAAUGAAUCUUCAGAGCAGGCACCUGCUACCAGGCGGUAACCCUGGUGACCGGCCUAGUCGACAGACUUGAACUAUGAAGCCAACACAGAGAUGGUUAAAAUGAAGGGAUGGUCACUUCAAAGUAUGGGAACAACAGCAUAUUAUUUGAAUAUUUGUAGCUGGAGAAGCUGGGGGGCGGUAGCGCUGUUUCCCUGCAAUGUGGUCUCGUCCUAUUGGGAAGGGUAUGUGAAUGAAACCACCAUGUGAAGUGGGGUUAAAUGUGUGGGUCUUUCUUACCCAACUGGCAUCCCAGGGGAACCAAUCUUCUGGAAAGAUCUACCCAUAUAGCUGGCCCCCACCCACAUGGCUGUGCCAUUCAGUAUCUCUUGCACACACACCAGCACCAUUGAGAUUAUUCUCGUCCGGAAGUGGCUCCAUGGUUGCUUCCAGACAACCUGCUUGUUGAAUAUUCAGUCUGAUUUGUUUGUGGAGAAUGGUAUGCAAUGUUACAUCAAGCAAUUGUUAUCCCACAUUUUCCUGUCACCUUCUUUACUGCCCAAACUCUGUGUGUUUGUUUGGAAGUAGGUUUUGCUAUGCAAGAGCAUCAGACCCAUUCUAAUUAUGUACCGGUAACCUGAAUUUGCCACUAUGCGCUUGAAUCCCACCUGCGAAAUAGUGACAGACUGAAGACACCCCAUGCUUGAAGACCUCAGAUUAAAGCACCUUGUGACGUGGCUUAGGUUUAAAAAGAAAGAAGAAGAAGAAAGCCUUGACCACUGUUCUUCCCCACUGCCCCCAUUGUUUUAAUAACACAAUAAUGUAGCCUAUCCCAAGACUUUUAAAUAGCACACCUCAUAAUACAUAUUCUUGGCAUGAAAUGCUGACUCCACCACAUCUCUGAGCAACCAAAACUUCUCACUCUGAGACAACCUGACAGGGCCCCUCUAUCAACAUGAUCUAAAGAGACUUCACGUUCCCUCCCUGAAUUCAGACUCAGAAGCAAUGACUGAGUCUGUCUUUCACUUUCUGAUGCUGCAGCUGGGCUCACAUUAAAUAGAAAUCCUUAGUGUUGAGCUGAACUUCGUAGAUUUGCUUGGUUACUUGCUCACUCUGGUUCAUUACCCCUACCCAGCAAGGGGCAAACUGCAUUUGGAAGAAAGGAUCUGCUUACAGAUUUCCCAGCCACAAGGACCUGUUUCAAAAGCUUGAGGGGAAACCCCCAGCAGUCAGCCUCUGGGAUUUCAUGUGUGGUGUUUCUCACCUCAGCCCAGUCAUUCCCAUCACCACUUGAAAACGAGGGAUCAAGGCUGACGGGACUGAUCUCUGAAAGGGUGGUUCUUCACUGAGCAGAGUUGCCCUUCAUUUUCUUACUAUUGCUUUGGCUAGCUCUAAUAAAUGAAUUGUUGUUGAAGGCAAUGUGCGAGGGUGGUAGCCUAAGAAGCUAAUGCUUGCACUCCUGACAAAGCAGCUGUUGACCACAAGCCAGUAUCUACAAUAGAAGCCCACUUCUGUGUCAUGUUUGUCCUAUGAUUCUAGGUUGGGGUUUUUGUUUUUGUUUUGUUUUUUUACUUAAAUGUUAUGCUGGUGCCUGUGGGCACUCUUGUCGCAAUGGAACUGCCCUAUUAAAGUAGCUUCAUUUGUUCUUGUACUAUUGCUCCAUGGAAAUUAAAUGGAGAUGGCCAAGCUACACUGCUUUGUUGGUUCCGUCCUAAGUGGAAUAAUAUGUUUACAUCAGCAAAUACUUUGAUGUGGAAUCUCUCUUGGCCUCCCAGGAAGAGCUUUCUAAAGCACUACACCACUGUCAAAGCUAAACUGCCUUAAAGUAGCAAUUGCACAUUAAACAUUCCUUUAAUGUGCAGAAAAUAGAACUCUUUUUGUCAGGUACAUUUGACUUGUUCUUAAUGUUUACUCUUUCAUAAGAAGUAUUUUCCCUUCUGACUCAGAUAAACGUUGGAAUGUCUGUACACGAAACUUAUAAACUCCUGUGCUUUAUUA